GGCUUCUGGCUCGCGUCAUGGCCGCCGCUGCCGGGGUGGCGGCGCCUCCAGGCGCCCUGUGGGGCCUCGUGCAGGACUUCGUCAUGGGUCAGCAGGAGGCUCCCGCUAGCCAGGUGGCUGCAGAUGUGAAAUCUGGCAGCUAUACAAUACUACAAGUGGUGGAAGCCCUUGGGUCCUCUCUGGAGAAUCCAGAACCCCGAACUCGGGCACGAGGGAUACAGCUUUUGUCACAGGUGCUCCUUCAGUGCUACUCCUUGCUCCUGGAGAAGGAAGUGGUACACCUGAUCCUGUUCUAUGAGAACCGGCUGAAGGACCAUCAUCUUGUGAUCCCAUCCGUCCUGCAGGGGUUGAGGGCACUUAGCAUGUGUGGGUCACUGCCUCCAGGGUUGGCUGUCUCUGUGCUUAAAGCCAUCUUCCAGGAAGUACAUGUACAGUCUCUGCUGCAGGUGGAUCGACACACAGUAUACAGUAUCAUCACCAACUUUAUGCGAUCCCGGGAGGAAGAGCUAAAGGGCCUCGGAGCCGAUUUCACAUUUGGCUUCAUCCAGGUGAUGGAUGGGGAAAAGGAUCCCCGUAAUCUUCUGGUGGCUUUCCGCAUAGUCCAUGAAAUCAUCUCCAGAGAUUAUAGCCUGGGACCCUUUGUGGAAGAAUUGUUUGAAGUAACAUCCUGUUACUUCCCUAUUGACUUUACCCCUCCACCAAAUGACCCUUACGGAGUCCAGAGAGAAGACCUCAUCCUGAGUCUCCGAGCUGUGCUGGCUUCUACACCACGAUUUGCCGAGUUCCUACUGCCCCUGCUGAUUGAGAAAGUAGAUUCUGAGAUCCUGAGUGCCAAACUGGAUUCUCUGCAGACCCUGAAUGCUUGCUGUGCUGUGUAUGGACAGAAAGAAUUGAAGGAUUUCCUCCCCAGCCUUUGGGCUUCUAUCCGCAGAGAGGUGUUCCAGACUGCAAGUGAGCGGGUGGAGGCAGAGGGCCUGGCAGCCCUCCACUCCCUGACUGCGUGUUUGUCUCGCUCUGUGCUGAGGGCUGAUGCCGAGGACCUCCUUGACUCCUUCCUUAGCAACAUUCUACAGGACUGCAGGCACCAUCUGUGUGAGCCGGACAUGAAACUGGUGUGGCCUAGCGCCAAGCUGUUGCAGGCAGCUGCAGGUGCAUCUGCCCGGGCCUGUGACCACAUCACCAGCAACGUCCUUCCCUUACUGCUGGAACAGUUCCACAAGCACAGUCAGAGCAGCCAACGGCGGACAAUCCUGGAAAUGCUCCUGGGUUUCUUGAAGCUGCAGCAGAAGUGGAGCUAUGAAGACAAAGAUGAAGGACCUCUGAGUGGCUUCAAGGACCAGCUGUGUUCAGUAAUCUUUAUGGCACUAGCAGACCCCAGCACCCAGCUUCAGCUUGUUGGCAUUCGGACACUCACAGUCUUGGGUUCCCAGCCAGAUCUUCUAUCUUCUGGGGACUUGGAGCUGGCAGUGGGUCACUUGCACAGACUGAGCUUCCUGGAGGAGGAUUCCCAGAGUUGCAGGGUGGCAGCACUGGAGGCAUCAGGAGCCCUGGCCACUCUCUAUCCUGAAGCCUUCAGCAAUCACCUACUACCCAGGCUUGCUAAGGAGCUGCGUAGAGGGGACUCGGAUGUGACUAGAGAAGGUGGGCCCACCAAAUGCUCCAGGCAUCUCUAUUGUCUGCAGGCUUUAUCAGCGGUCUCCACACAUCCCAGCAUUGUCAAGGAGACACUGCCUCUGCUGCUGCAGCAUCUUGGGCAGGCAAACAAAGAAAAUAUGACUACAGCGUCCAGUGAAGUUAUUGCCAUCUGUCAGAGUCUCCAGCAGAUAGCAGAAAAAUGCCAGCAGAACCCUGAGAGCUGCUGGUAUUUCCACCAGACAGCUGUACCCUACCUGCUUGCCUUGGCUGUACAGGCUUCCAUGCCAGAAAAGGAACCCUCAUUUCUGGGAAAAGUACUGUUGGAAGAUGAGGUCUUAACCACUUUGGCAUCUGUCAUUGGCACUGCCACUACCCACCUAAGCCCUGAGUUAGCUGCCCAGAGUGUCACCCACAUUGUGCCCCUGUUCUUAGAUGGCAACACCUCCUUUCUGCCUGAAAAUAGCUUCCCAAGCCGAUUCCAGCCAUUCCAGGAUUGUUCAUCAGGGCAGAGACGGCUGGUUGCACUGCUGAUGGCUUUUGUCUGCUCCUUGCCACGAAAUGUGGAAAUCCCUCAGCUGAACCAACUCAUGCAGGAGCUCUUGAAAAUAAGCUGCCAACACAGCUGCUCCUUCUCGUCCACUGCUGCUGCCAAGUGUUUUGCAGGACUCCUCAACAAGCUCCCAGCAGGGCAGCAGUUGGAUGAAUUCCUCCAGCUUGCUAUGGAUACAGUGGAGGCUGGCCUGGGUUCUGGGGCCUUUUGUAAUCAGGCCUUCACACUACUGCUCUGGGUAACCAAGGCUCUGGUACUUAGAUACCAUCCUCUGAGCUCCUGCCUUACCACCCGGCUGAUGGGCCUACUGAGUGAUCCAGAACUAGGUCCUGCAGCAGCUGAUGGCUUCUCUCUGCUCAUGUCUGACUGCACUGAUGUGCUGACUCGUGCGGGCCACGCUGACGUGCGGAUCAUGUUCCGCCAGCGGUUCUUCACGGACAAUGUGCCUGCUUUGGUCCAAGGCUUCCAUGCUGCUCCCCAAGGUGUGAAGCCAAACUACCUGAAGGGUUUGUCUCACGUACUCAACAGGCUACCCAAACCUGUGCUCUUACCGGAGCUGCCUACACUGCUGUCCUUGUUGCUGGAGGCUCUGUCCUGCCCUGACUCUGUGGUCCAGCUCUCUACCCUCAACUGUCUUCAGCCUCUUCUACUGGAAGCACCCCAAGUCAUGAGUCUUCAUGUAGAUACUUUGGUCACCAAGUUUCUGAACCUCAGCUCCAGCCCUUCCAUGGCCGUCCGGAUUGCUGCACUGCAGUGCAUGCAUGCUCUCACCCGCCUCCCCACUCCUGUGCUCCUGCCAUACAAGCCACAAGUGAUCCGAGCCUUAGCCAAGCCUCUAGAUGACAAGAAGAGACUGGUUCGCAAGGAAGCUGUGUCAGCUAGGGGAGAAUGGUUUCUGCUGGGGAGCCCAGGCAGCUGAACUUCCUCAGCUUGGCCUCGACCCUACUGACAAUCCAACAUGCAAGUGCUAACCACGGAGCCAUCCUGCAAGGCAAGGUGACCAUUAGCCUCCGCUUGUCUUUCCCACAGACAUGGGACAAAUGCUGGGCCUUUGCUGCAUGGCUAUACAAGACACAUAGGAUACUGAUUUCUAAUGGAUUGGUGAAGAAACUGACUGAGACUACUUGUGUUUGAAGAAAGAUCUUGGGGUCAUGGGACUCUCCCAUUAUAGACUGUCAGGAAAAGGAAGCUGUGCUACUGAAGGUGGAGUUCAGUUAAGUGGUCCUGAGGACCAGGGAUGGUGGAUGUGUGUGGUCCUAUAGGAGAAUAAAGAUUGCUUUUGUAACGGG